UUUUGCAGAAGGAGCGCGCGCGCCUGGGAGUGCUCGGGGUCCGGCGCUUGCGGCGGGAGCCACGAGCUGGAGAGAGGGGGGUCCCGGGCUGCCUCGACCGCCGCCGCCUCUCCCGUCGCGGCCGCAGCUUCCCGCGCUCGGGCGGCCGUCGCCGCCACAGCCGCCGCAGCCGCUGUGUGCAGCCUGGAAGGGGGGGCGGGGGGGAGGGGGGGAGCCGCGGACGCGGGGUACCGAGGACUUUGCAACUUGCCCGGGAAGGUGGAGGGGCGAGAGGGGGAGGGGGACCUCCGCACGAGACCGAGCGGCCCGGGUUGGAGCGCCCAGCCCCGCGGCGGAUCAUGGUGCAGCAGGCGGAGAGCUUGGAAGCGGAGAGCAACCUGCCCCGAGAGGCGCUGGACACGGAGGAGGGCGAAUUCAUGGCUUGCAGCCCGGUGGCCCUGGACGAGAGCGACCCGGACUGGUGCAAGACGGCGUCGGGCCACAUCAAGCGGCCGAUGAACGCGUUCAUGGUGUGGUCCAAGAUCGAGCGCAGGAAGAUCAUGGAGCAGUCCCCGGACAUGCACAACGCCGAGAUCUCCAAGCGGCUGGGCAAGCGGUGGAAAAUGCUGAAGGACAGCGAGAAGAUCCCGUUCAUCCGGGAGGCGGAGCGGCUGCGGCUCAAGCACAUGGCCGACUACCCCGACUACAAGUACCGGCCCCGGAAAAAGCCCAAAAUGGACCCCUCGGCCAAGCCCAGCGCCAGCCAGAGCCCCGAGAAGAGCGGCGGCGGCGGCGGAGGCGGCGGCGGCGGCGGGGGCGCGGGCGGCGGCGGCGGCGGCGGCGGCGGGGGCGCGGGCGGCGGCGCGGGCGGCGCCAAGACCUCCAAGGGCUCCAGCAAGAAAUGCGGCAAGCUCAAGGCCCCCGCGGCCCCCGCGGCCGGCGGCGCCAAGGCCGGGGCGGCCAAGGCGGCGCAGCCCGGGGAUCUGGGCGGCGCGGGCGACGACUACGUGCUCGGCAGCCUGCGCGUGAGCGGCGCGGGCGCGGGCGGCGGCGGCGGGGGCGCGGGCAAGACCGUCAAGUGUGUGUUCCUGGACGAGGACGACGAGGACGACGAGGACGACGACGAGCUGCAGCUGCGGAUCAAGCAGGAGGCGGACGAGGACGACGACGAGCCGCCGCACCAGCAGCUCCUGCAGCCGCCGGGCCAGCAGCCGCCGCAGCUGCUGAGACGCUACAACGUCGCCAAAGUGCCCGCCAGCCCCACGCUGAGCAGCUCGGCCGAGUCCCCCGAGGGCGCGAGCCUGUACGACGAGGUGCGGGCCGGCGCGGCCUCGGGCGCGGGGGGCGGCAGCCGCCUCUACUACAGUUUCAAGAACAUCACCAAGCAGCACCCGCCGCCGCUCGCGCAGCCCGCGCUGUCGCCCGCGUCCUCGCGCUCCGUCUCCACGUCCUCGUCCUCCUCGUCCAGCAGCGGCGGCAGCGGCAGCGGCAGCGGCGGCGAGGACGCCGACGACCUGAUGUUCGACCUGAGCUUGAAUUUCUCCCAGAGCGCGCACAGCGCCAGCGAGCAGCAGCUGGGGGGCGGCGCGGCGGCCGGGAACCUGUCCCUGUCUCUGGUGGAUAAGGAUUUGGAUUCGUUCAGCGAGGGCAGCCUGGGCUCCCACUUCGAGUUCCCCGACUACUGCACGCCCGAGCUGAGCGAGAUGAUCGCGGGGGACUGGCUGGAGGCGAACUUCUCCGACCUGGUGUUCACGUAUUGAGAGGGGCGCCCCGCUUCUCGCUCUUUCUCUCCGCGGGUGCUGAGCAGGGUUCCUCGGGAGGAAGUCGUGGUGGUCGUGGCGGUGAUGAUGAUGAUGAUGAUGAUGAUGAUGAUGGUGGUGUCGAUGGUGUCGGUGGUGGCGGUAGGGUGGAGGGGAGACAUGAGAUGCUGAUCUCUAUAUGAUGUUGUGACACAAAGAAAUUGGAAAAGAUGAUGAAAAUUUUGGUGGAGUUAAAGUGAAAUGAGUAGUUUUUAAACCGUUUUUCCUGUCCCUUUUUUUUGUUUUGUUUUGGGGGGGGGUUGUUUGUUUGUUUUUGUUUUUGCUCCCCUCCCUUCCUUUAUCGUGUCUCAAGGUAGUUGCAUACCUAGUCUGGAGUUGUGAUUUCCACCCCCACCCCCAAAUGUGGUUUUGUAAUUACUGUUUCUUUUUCUUGAAAUCCGUGAUUGCAACAAAGGCGGAGGGGACAGGGCGGGGGAGGGGAGGGAGGACCCGCUCCGGAAGGCGCUGUUUGAAGCUUGUCGGUCUUUGAACUCUGGAAGACGUCUGCAGAGGACUUUUCGGCAGCACAACCGUUACGCUAGGGAGUUGGUUGGAGAUUUUUUUUUUCGUAAGAGAUCUUAAAGAACUGAUGAUUUUUUUUAAAAAAAAAAGAGAAACACAAAAACAAAAAAGGGACCAUUGCAACUUUUUUAUUUUAUUUUAUUUUUUUGGAGGGAGAAAACUGAUGUCUUCUAUGCAUCCGAUUCUUAACAAAACUGCAGGGAGCUUGAAAAAAUGCAGACUGUACAAACGCUUACAAAAAAAAAAAAACUGUGAACUGACUUAAGAUCAGAGUUUACUU